UAAGAGGCAAUCUUUACCGGGUAGAGGGAGUAAUAAACUUUUUUUUCUUUUUUUGACUAUGAGAGAGUAAGGGCCUUUUCUCAUUAACUAAACUGAAUAUUUUAUAAGACAAGGAAAUUAGGAGUUGAACUAAACUGAACUAAACUGAACUGAGUUGAGCUGAACUGAACUGAAUUGAAUUUCAACGUAAGAGAACAGACUCUAAUAAACUCUUUAUAGAGUGACAGCUAGUAAAGGCGUCUAGUAGUGGUGUUGCUAUUCUAAUAUACCUUAAAUACAUCAGCUACUCCGUACGAAAUAACACAAUCUAACCUUAAUAUUAAUUUAUUACACUCACCAAGUCACCCAGCACAAAAAAAAAAAAAAAAAAAAAUAAAAAACAAACAAAAAGAGGAGUGAGAAAAUGGAAGGAAAAAUCCCAGUAAUAGAUGCACACCAAAUUGAAGAAAAGUCCAUAAAAUUAAGAGAAAUCAUUGAAAAAUGGGGUUGUUUCAGAGUAAUAAAUCACGGGGUACCCUUAGAAUUAAUGGCAGAAAUGAAAUCAGUUUCAAAGGAAUUGCUUGAUCUUCCAAUUGAAGUCAAACGGCAAAACGUAGAUGUGAUUCCGGGAAGUGGGUAUAUGGAGCCUAGUGAAAAGAACCCACUUUAUGAAGCUUUGGGUCUUUUUGAUGUUGCUUCUUCUCUUUCUGUUUCUAACUUUUGUUCUCAGCUUCAAGCUUCUCCCCACCAAAGGGAGAUAAUUGAGAGCUAUGCACGAGGAAUAUACAAGGCUGCAAUAGAUAUUGCAAGCAAGAUGUCAAAGAGCUUGGGUUUGACAGAUUACAGUUUCGAAAAUUGGCCUUGUCAGUUCAGAAUAAACAAAUACAGCUUUACUCCGGAAGCUAUAGGCUCCUCAGGUGUACAGAUCCAUACAGACGCUGGAUUUAUUACAAUACUUCAGGAUGAUGAAAAUCUUGGUGGUCUUGAAGUGAUGAAUGAGUCGGGUGAAUUUGUUGCUGCUGAUCCUUUGCCAGGAACACUGGUUGUCAAUCUUGGAGACGUUGCUGUGCCAUGGAGCAAUGGAAUUCUUCGCAAUGUGCAGCAUCGGGUACAAUGCAAGGGUGCAGGGAUACGUAUGUCAAUUGCAACAUUCCUUUCACCGCCACCUGAUAAAAUAAUUGAAGCCCCAGCAGAGUUUGUUGAUGCUGAACACCCUCGCCUCUAUGCUCCCAUAACAUACGAAGAGUUAAGGAGGCUUCGCUUUACAAAGAAGCUGCAUGCUGGAGAAGUCCUAGAGCUGAUUGACUAGGUAAGUAGACCGUACAGAAUAUGCUAAGUUGGCCAGGAUAGUUCGAGGAUCUUCCUGCCAUAAAAAAAUAGUAUAAAUAAAAACAGGACACUACUUUUUAAUUCUGAGUGUAUUAUGGAAAUAGUUGCUGAUCAUGGCAUCAUGCAUUCUUUCCUGAAAUCGCGGUUGUAAUCCAAGGGUUGAGGGUGUAGGAGUUUAUAGGUACUACGCAGUGGAAAUAAUAUAAAUCAUAUUCAAACAA